GUCUGAAGUUAAAGAUGCGGUUCGUUGUUAAUGUCGGUAAAUAUAAGGAGGCAUCGUUACAUGUACACAAUAUAAUGGUGUUGGUCACAUUUUUGUCGGAUAUUUUUAUCAUAGAUCGCUAUGUUUGUAUUUGAUGAAUAUAGGAAUCUCCAAAUAUGUGGGAAAGCAUUACCAUACAAAUAAGAUAAAAAAAACUUUACAUGGAAACACCUAACACCUACAUUAAAGAUGUUAAAUUUAUGACAAUAAAUUCACAGCUGUGCAACUACGUAUUCAUUUCCAAUGCAGGAUUUAGCUAAGUACAAACGUUUUUUUAUAUAUAUAUAAAAAGGUGCGCUUAAAAGGAUAAAUGUAAAAUCUGCUAUGCGUCUGUUUGCGUCGAUGACAUCACAAGAGGCCCAAGAACCGAGUUGUUCAGCCGGCUGUGGUUAACAUUAUGCUCGUUAAGUCAUUUUUCACAAAUUAUGACAUAGUUAUCAAAUAUUUCACUUGCAAGGGGUUCAACUAUGUAUUAGAUUUUCAUGGGAUGUUGACGUCGAGGUAACAUUCCCAAGAUUUUCACAGUAUCAAGUAGGGCUUUCAGAAAAAUAUGGAAUUGCACUAAUCUUGCUGAAAGUUGCGAUGAUUUUAUUAAUUGAAUUAACCUGCAUUUUCAGACUCCAUUUUUUUUUUGUUGCUGUUACACAAUGUGCCAAACACUCACUGCGAGUUGUAACAUGGCAGCUCUGAAAAAUAUGCAGUAGGUGUCUGCAGUAAGGGGAGUUAGAGUCCAUCCUGCUGACCAGACAUAUCAUUGAUAUGCAAAGCAUAAAUGCAUGGUACUUGAAAUAUAAUAUCCUGUCAAAUGCUGCUUCCAAGUGAUCCUUUGAGAUUUCUGUAUUAAAACAGAAUGAUAUUAAAGUUAUGGUUGUAAUUCAAUACAUUGUGCUGCUCUAGUACAACAGUACUAACAACUCUGUGUUUGGUCGACGUAGUGAGUGAUGCAGCAGUUAUGCAAGAUACAUUAAUGGGACUUCAACAUCAUCCUAAUUAAAUGCAUCAACCAGACUAUAUGGUUUUUAGCACAACGUGGCCUAAAUAUAUUGCUGAAGAUCUUCAGUAAUGAAAUCUGGUCAUUACAGCCUGCUUGGCUCCUCUUCGCAAAACAGCUUCUAUGUGUUUUAUUGCUGCAAGAUAUUUUUGUAAUCCAUCUGGUGUUCCCACAUUCAGCUGCUUUGCUGCAGCUGAUUAGAACACAAGUAAACAUCUUUUUAAAGGAGGAAUUUAAUUUGAAACAGGCAAAGAGAUGGAAAAUUUAAGAAAAAUACAAAUGGCUUUGGUCAAAAUAGGCCUGAUCGUUUGCCUUACGCAGCAUGCGGUUUCACUAGAGGUGUGUGUGUGUUUUAAGGGAGGGUUUAUGUUAAUCAAACAAUGAUUUACAACAAAAUAGAACAACUGACCUUUAUAUGUUGCUCUGAAGGUAAGAAACUAUGUCUAAGUGGUUGUUGGAUUUUACAAAAAGGCCCGUUUAGUAGCUUUGAUCUCUAGUAGUCAUUUAUUCUCGUCUAUCAUUGCAUAUCUCCUGUUGUGCGUCCUUACAGGACGCACUUACACUCCUUCCCCUCUCAGGUGAAAUGUGGCUUUCUGUUUUUCUGGAGUGCAGCAACUUGUGAGCUGCAUUCCUCCACGUAAUAGGCUCCUUGUUCAGACGCCGGGUCCUGGUGCAGUGGGCUGUUGGUUGACCAGAGCACAGCACACAAAGAGAUCCUGUGUUCAGGUCAGGCCCCUGGGAGAGGAGGGUCCACCUCUUUCUGAGGAGGAUACUCUACACUCAGCAGUGAGAGGCUCAUUUAUGUAUGAUGGAGCAGUUUUUUCCUCACAAGUUUGUAAAUUACCUCAGCUUUCACAAAAAAAAAAAAAAAAAAUGCUUUUCUCAUUGUGUAAAAAGUAGAGGUUAUUAUCUCUAGUGUUGAUUGUUUUUAGUCUGCAGUUAUCGCAGUGGUCGUUACAGUUCAGGUGAGAAGUUUACAUACACUAAGCAUGGCCUUUCUUUACUUUGAGCUUCUGAUUAUUUUUUUUAAACGGCUUCUCUUUUCAAGGUGGAAUAAUUGAACAAAAGUACAACUUCAGUGAAUUCAAAACCAUGAAUUGGGUAUGUUUACUGUUCAUACAUGUUUAGGUACACAUACAAGUUCAAAUGUGUACAUACACACACACACACACUACUUAUUGGGUAAGUCCCUUAGCAAUUUGCUCCUCAAACACAGACUCAAACACAGACACCAGCAAGCUUCUGGGAUAAUUCUGCGUCUGUAUUUUAUCCAGUCUUCAUGGUAGAAUUUGUAGAGUUCUUUUAAAUUAAUCGUUUUCUUUACAUGGACCUGCAUAGUCUAGAAAUUUUAUAAUUCUUGUGAAAUUGCUGUCAUUCCAGAAGCUUAACAUCAGCCUUCCUUAUGCAUUCUGAACCCAUUGUGAUCUAUUGUCCUACAUGACAAUUGUGUCCAAGUUUCAGCCCGCUAGCUGUUGAUUUGAGGUGAAGGUAUUGUUAUUCCAUCCGCCUUGUGCAAUGCACCAGUACCCUUGGCAUGGAAAUAGCCCCACAGCAUGAUGAUGCCACCACUAUGCUUGACAGUUGGUACAGACAGUAGCAUUUAUAGUCAAUGGGUGUGAUGGGGAAAAAAGAAAUGAAAGGAAGAAAAUGCUUACAAGUAUACUUUCAAAUCUGGGUUUGGCCUGCACUUGUGCAGCUGUUUCUUCCCUCCGCAGUAAUUGCAGAGGAUCCCUUGCUGGACGGCUGGCAUGAUGUCUGGUUCUUCCGUUUCCUCGUCAACGUGCUGGGAUACGCCACCAUCAUUGUCCCGGGAUAUUUCCUCAUUAGCUACUUCAAACGCUCUAAUUACCUGGACAGAGGUAGCGGGCUUUGCUAUCCUCUCAUAAAGACCUGCGUGUUUGGCGGCGAGGACAAGAGCGUACUGUUGGACGAUGUAUCCGUCUCAAGCAGGAGCGAGCCUGAUUCAGGUUCAUCAUUCAAACAGGCUUUAAAGUUAAUCUUCUGUGCAGCCGGACUUCAGGUAUCAUAUCUGACAUGGGGAGUCCUCCAGGAGAGAGUAAUGACUCGCUCCUAUGGAGCCAUGUCUCCAGACCACCAGGGCGAGAGCUUCAAGGAUUCGCAGUUUUUGGUCUUCAUGAACCGCAUCCUUGCGCUGACUGUGUCUGGACUCUGUUGCAUACUGUUUAAGCAACCUCGCCAUGGUGCGCCCAUGUACAAAUACUCUUUUGCUUCGCUUUCCAAUAUCCUGAGCAGCUGGUGCCAGUACGAGGCUCUGAAGUUUAUCAGCUUCCCCACUCAAGUCCUGGCCAAGGCCUCCAAAGUCAUUCCCGUCAUGCUCAUGGGAAAGCUUGUGUCCCGUAAAAGCUACGAGUACUGGGAGUACUUCACCGCCGUGCUGAUCUCUGUUGGCGUCAGCAUGUUUCUGCUGUCCAGCACGACCAGCAAGCACCCAUCCACCGUCACUACAUUCAGCGGGAUCAUCAUCCUUGUCGGCUACAUCGUCUUUGACAGCUUCACUUCCAACUGGCAGGACAAUCUUUUUAAGUACAAGAUGUCUUCCGUGCAGAUGAUGUUCGGGGUCAACCUGUUCUCCUGCCUCCUCACCGUUGGCUCGCUGCUCGAGCAGGGUGCCUUUUUUGACUCUCUGGCUUUCAUGACACGCCACUCGGAGUUCGCCUUCCACGCCGUACUGCUGUCUGUGUGCUCGGCGUGCGGUCAGCUCUUCAUCUUCUACACCAUCAACCAAUUCGGCGCUGCUGUCUUCACCAUCAUCAUGACGCUGCGCCAGGCCUUUGCCAUUCUUCUCUCCUGCUUCCUCUACGGCCACUCUGUCAACAUCGUCGGGGGCUUCGGCGUCGCCGUGGUUUUCCUUGCGCUUUUCCUCCGGGUGUACGCCCGCAGCCGUAUGAAGUCAGCCCGGCAGGCGGUGCUGCCACAGAAGGUGUAGCCCUCCAAAGUCACAAGAAACUGGAAAGUACGACCACGUUUUCUGUGGUGUUUUUUGUCUUUUUGUGAGCAGCAUUUUGUUUUCCUAGUUCUUUUAAGUUUUUUUUGUUUUUGUUGACAACAGUACAAAAAAAAAGGGAUGCUGCAGUUUUCACUGUCACAGAUGCCCCCAAGGGGUCAACAUAGUGAGAGGCUUUGAGUGCCUAUAUGAUUGUUUUAAGUUUUAAACUACAAAUUGCCUCAUGAGCUCUAUCUAUCCCUGUUUAACUGUCUCUUUUGUUUUGUUUUAAACCACCAUAUGUGGCUUUCGCAGCCAAUUUAAGGUAACAUUUAUGGCUCAGCAUUAACACUAUCCAAUGUCCAAAAACAAUAAACAAGAUUAGUCAGCUCCUUUUUACAGGUGCUUUAUUUCUGUCCGAGUCAUGGAAUCAUAUCUACAGAUUUAUGCUGUGGAUAAGCUUCUGUGUCUUAAUGUGGGAUUUUAUAUUUUAAAACUGGCAUCACAGUUUUGUAAACACAAUACAUGCAUUUCUGUUUAACCUGUCAAAUGUUUUAGCAGCUUCCAUCAUCACAUUUGCGUAAAUAAGUGUUGCACUGUAAAAAUUAUGUAGAUUUAAACCCCAGCACCGAAUGCUUUUUAAUAAUUGUUUUUUUCCAUUAAUGGUUUAUAAGACAAAAAACAUGUAAAUAUGUCCCAUAUUUUAUUUUUUUUCUGAUGACCUUGUCUGUUUUCUUUACCUUUUUUUUUUUUUUUUAAGGAUUGACGGAUUUGUUUUUCAUGUGACUUGUUUGGAUCAACACCGUCACAAAGAUGUGAGGUUAUUGUAAGGCCUGGGGAGUAGUUUGCUGGUCAGAAUGCACACAAGGGAAAUGCAGUGUUACUGCUACCUGGUUUUUAUUGAUCUACUACUUUUCUCUGGUAAAUGGAUUAAUAAUAAAACCUUUUAAAUUAA